GAGCGUCAGAACACCGCUUGCAGGACGCAGAGCUGCGGCUCGGAACCGGGCUGAGAAACCAAAACCGGUGCUGGAUGGCGGUGUAACAUCCCGGAUGUGGGAAAACAGCGUCCUGUUGUACGUCGGGUCUUGGAGGCCGUCAUACAUACACACGCCUACGUAUUUAAAUAUGAUGUAGCCUCGCUGAUCCGCACUGGCUGGACGGGAGCAGAAGAGAGGUCGCUGACGGACUGUGCGUAAUGCUGAGUGGACAGCAGAGCUGCUCGCUGUAGAUUUCAGCCUAGACGGGCUAUUGACUCAAGAUUCGCACUUCUUCUGCAGUGCAGCUCGUCAUCAUCAUAACCAGAUGCUCUCCUCCGGACCGGACCCGUUCAGUUUCAUGCCGUCCAACCCGACCGGAGCCUGAGCCGAAGGAUGCAGGUUAAAAACCAGAUCUGCACAGAGCAGAGCAGCACCGACGACCCGGAGCAGGAUGACAACCAGAAGAAGACCUCGUGUUUUUCCAACAUUAAGAUCUUCCUGGUGUCGGAAUGUGCGCUCAUGUUGGCACAGGGCACCGUGGGCGCCUAUCUGGUAAGUGUUCUGACCACUCUGGAGAGACGCUUCAACCUCCAGAGUGCCGAUGUGGGCGUCAUUGCGAGCAGCUUUGAAAUCGGCAACCUGGCCCUCAUCCUGUUUGUCAGCUACUUUGGCGCCAAAGCCCACCGGCCUCGCCUGAUUGGCUGCGGUGGGAUUGUCAUGGCUUUGGGAGCAUUGCUGUCAGCUCUGCCAGAGUUCCUGACUCAUCAGUAUGAGUACGAAGCCGGUGACUCGUGGCAUGCUGAAGACGGCAGGGACAUCUGUUCUAACAUCUCCAGGUCAGAAAACCGAGACUCUGGGUUUAAAUGUGGCAACCGAGCCAAUACCAACAUGAUGUACCUUCUGCUGAUCGGAGCCCAGGUUCUGCUGGGCAUUGGGGCCACACCUGUCCAGCCUUUGGGAGUGUCCUAUAUUGAUGACCAUGUCCACAGGAAGGACUCCUCACUGUACAUAGGUAUAUUAUUUUCAACGCUAGUGUUCGGCCCGGCCUGUGGCUUCAUUUUAGGUUCUGUGUGUACCAAAGUCUACGUUGAUGCAGUCUUCAUUGACACUAGUAAGCUGGACAUCACCCCAGAUGACCCUCGCUGGAUCGGGGCGUGGUGGGGCGGCUUCCUCCUCUGCGGUGCCUUACUCUUCCUGUCAGCCCUCUUCAUGUUCGGCUUCCCCCAGGCGCUGGAUGAGCAGGACAUGGACGGUGGAGGGGAGAGUGAGCAGGCCAUGCUGCCUUCUUCCCUGACUCUGGAGUACCAGGGCUCCAAACCCAACGGGGCCAUUCAUGGCUUUGACAUAAACAGUGGACUCUCAGUCUGUGAGCAUCUGAGAGUGAUCCCUCGAGUAACCAGGCACCUUCUCUCCAACCCGGUGUUUAGCUGCAUCACGCUUGCAGCUUGCAUGGAGAUUGCUGUGGUUGCUGGCUUUGCUGCCUUUCUGGGAAAAUACCUGGAGCAGCAGUUCAACCUUACCACCUCCUCAGCCAAUCAGCUGCUAGGUAUGACGGCCAUCCCCUGUGCCUGUCUGGGGAUCUUCCUCGGAGGACUCCUAGUCAAGAAGCUGAACCUGUCAGCUCUGGGUGCUGUCCGUAUGGCCAUGCUGGUUAACCUCGUGUCCACUGCCUGCUACGUCUCUUUUCUCUUUUUGGGCUGCGACACUGGACCCGUUGCUGGGGUUACAGUAGCUUAUGGGAAUGAGACAUUGCAGUCCUGGCAGCAACCUGAGUCAGUGUGCAUCAGUAACUGUAACUGUUACACUGCAUCGGUGAGCCCUGUCUGUGGUUCCAAUGGCAUCACCUACCUCUCAGCCUGCUUCGCUGGGUGCACCAAACCAAACCUGACCAGCUGUGCGUGUAUAUCCAGCACCAGUGAAGAUGCGGUGGCUUUACCAGGAAAGUGUCCCAGUCCAGGCUGUCAGCAGGCCUUCCUCACCUUCCUUUGUGUUAUCUGUGUGUGCAGCAUGAUCGGAGCCAUGGCCCAGACACCCUCCGUCAUCAUCCUCAUCAGAACUGUAAGUCCGGAGCUUAAAUCGUACGCCCUUGGAGUUCUUUUCCUGCUUCUAAGACUGAUAGGUUUCAUCCCUCCCCCUCUGAUCUUUGGCAUGGGCAUCGACUCCACCUGUCUGUUCUGGAGCUCCGUCUGUGGAGAGAAGGGAGCCUGCAUGCUCUACGACAACGUGGCCUACAGGCAUCUGUAUGUCAGCAUCGCCAUUGUUCUCAAGUCCUCAGCGUUCGUCCUUUACACCACCACGUGGCAGUGUCUGAGAAAGAACUACAGAAAAUACAUCAAGAACAGCGAGGGGUACCUCACACCCACCGAACUCUUUGCCUCUAACGUGACUCUGGAUAAUUUGGGAAAGGAGAUCACCCAGAACCCAGCCAACAGGACAAAGUUCAUAUACAACCUGGAGGACCAUGAGAUGUGCGACAACAUGGAGUCUGUUUUAUAGUGGUGAUCUGCACUGGAAGCAGACUGGAGCUACUGAUGUGUAAUUGAGCUGAUGUGAGAUGUUUCUUUGGUUUUAGAGGAAUGUCCUCAGUAAGGGUCUUCUUCUCAUCUGGAAAAUCACACAUAGUGAAAAAAAUUGAAGCGCUCAUUCCCAAAAUCUAUAUCCACAUUUCUGUCAGCUCAAAUCAUAAGCUGGCCUAUAAACAUUAGUUUUUUGUUUUUUUUUUAGUUAUUCUGAUUAUGUUUUUAACCCUUAUUUGACAGCAGAGUUAAGACUGACAGCAAUGAGGAACGAAGGGAAAAUCAUAUGCAAGAAUUCCACCCACCAAAAGAUUUAUCAUAUUUUAAAAAUUUAGUUAAAUAAAUAGUCACAUUAGGUUUAAAUUUACUCUAAUGGGUGAACUUUAUCAGGCAGGUUGUUUUCUUUUGUAUUUCUCUGGUCCAGUUAUCAGAAAAUGCAAAAAGGAUGACAGUCAACACAGUGAUUUAUUUUGAAAUGAUUAAUUUCUUAGCUUAUGGUUUGAGCACGUUUCUAUACAGCUGUAGUUUACCAAACUGGACUGUUCUUAUAACCACCAACCCUACAGAAAGUUUUUAAACACACUAAUGUGUUAAUAACCCCCUUAACUUUCACUCACUUUUCUUUCAACUCAAAAGUAAUUAAUUACUAAACAAUUAUGAAAUAAUUACAUGGUUCUUUAACCUAAUUCCUGUGACUCAAACCCAUAUACAAUAAGCUGUGGAAAAUGAAUGAAAUGACGUGGUUUUAUGAAAUUAUAUUGGCAAGUUAAUUGUUUGGUAUCUUAUAAAAUUGGUCUCGAAGUGAAGUUUACAGCUAUAUUUUAGUUUUUUUUCUAUUCUCUUUUAUUUAUUUAUUUAUUUAUUUUUGUGUCACCAGCCAUUUCUAAAAGUAGAGGUUAGCGGUGGAGUAUCUCAUUUUUGGAACCAAAGUCUUCAGUUUGAGGCGAUGUGAAAAAUGUUUAACAUAUUCUUCAGAAAAGUAAGGAACAAAUUCAAACAAACAAAAUAGCUUUCAGUGUAAAUGGCAGCUCUUCUUCUAGAGAGUGUUUUAGGACAUUGUCAGAAGUAGAGGACUGUUGAGCCAAUAAGGAAUAAUUAUCCCUUUACUGAGUGAUAGUGUGGAGUUUUGCUAUAAAUGCUGGACAAAAUUAUAAGAACAAAUUUCCAUUUCAGAGCAACAGAACAGGUCACUGUUUUUUACUUUACAUGUGGAAAUUAGGCGCAACAUCCAAGAUGUGAUUAAAAUGUAAACUUCAAUCUUCAUAAUAAUCUUACUGAAAGCAACCGACCCUGAGUUGGGUGGUGUAUUCAUGUAUACUUGAAAAAGACAGUUGCUGAACCUGUGACAUUUCGGGUACAUGACUGUCUCUCUAACCACUGAUUUGACCAAAUCACCGCUAUAAUUCUGUAGACAACACUCAUGUCAAUGGCAAAUAGAUAAAGUUUGUCUUAGUGGUGUAAUUCAACUCUUGGGGACGCCGCCUGCAGCAGUGAUGCAUGGAAUACAAAGCAACAUGAUAAAUAACAAGCAGGGGACAAUGCAAAUAGGACUCUCCAGGGUACAUGUAUGCAUUAGGGCCAAAGCAGGUGGAGGCUGUGGGUGAGGAAGCCUUCUCCAACAGCACCAGUAUCAGCUGCAGAGCUCACAUUAUGAACCUGCAGACUGAGAGUAUGAAGGAAUUAGAACACCAAGUCAAUGCAAUGAGGCCUAUUGCGGUGGGCUAGCUGUCAGCAGACACAGCAUAGCAUGACGCACAGUAUCCAGCCAGAAUUAGUUAAUUUAAAAGCAUGCUGGCAAUGCAUGCGUAUAAAAUAAAAAGAUAUAUUCAGUAUGAUGUCACUAAGUUGCACAGAUUCUGUGGUUUGCUGGCCAUACUAAUGGUUAAAGACACUUUUAACUGGAGUGGCCUCCAAAUUCUAUUUUUGUCCAUGGAAGAGCUUUAUAAUGCAUACUGCAUUGUGAUGUUGACAUUUUUUUUAAAUCAAACCUCAGCUGACUCAUAAUCACUCACACUGAAGUGAUUGUCUAAAUACAGAUUUUUUUUUGUUUUGUUAAGGAAUUCUAUGGGAUUCUGAUUCUGACAUAUCCAGUUUAUAUACAGAAUAGAGUGUUUUCCUGGCUUACUCUGUAAGUAUCUGCAGAUAUGAUUUAUAUCUGACAUGAUUUCAUUUAUAGAUUUAUAUGUUUUGCAUCAAAAUUGUGGAAAUUUGCCUAUUCCCUUGAUCAUUGUCAUUUAUUCCAUUUCUAAAAUGUAUAAUCCCUUUGAGGUUUGGAGGUGGUAGUGAAAGGAGUAGUCCAACGUUAUUUUGGGAAAUAAGUUUAUUCACUUUCUUGCCAAUAGUUAGACAAGAAGAUCAGACAGCUUUAAACUGCAGGAACUCAGGGCAGGCAUGCAGGAACAGCCCCAUAAUCAGCCCUUUUAGCCUUUCUGUUUCCAUUGCAGUGUAUAAUCCGACAGCUACGACUGCGACAUUAACUUUGAGUGUGCUGAAACCACGACGAGCUGUAGCUAUAUGAGCACAGAGGAAAAUUAACAGUUCUAUGUUAGUCCAUAUGGUAAAUUUUAUUCUGAAGACGCCGAUGGUCAGGGGAAAAUGCUGUGACUUGAUGAAGACAGUAGGAUAGAAGGUAGAAAAAUGGCAAGUGUUGUCCUUUUUAGUUAAGUUUAACCAAUCACCGUUUUUCUUCUCUGAAUUCUCCCAAUCUCAGCUCAGAAGCACCUACCCAAAAGCCAGCAGCCUUUUAGCUUAGCUUAGCUUAGCAGAAAGACAGGGAAACAUUUUUAAAAAUCUACAGAUCAACACCUCUAAUUCUCAUUUAUUAGCAUACUGUAUCUUAUUUGUUUACUUCAUACAAAAACUAAAACAGAAAUAACACAUUUUACCUUUGAGGGGUUGCUUUUCUACUUCUGAAAGUCACACAUGUAAAUCCCAAACUGAAUCUUGUCUGUUUGACUGUUUGGUUUUUGCAUUAAUGAAACAAACAUGAGGUGUUUUUGGGCUAACUUUACAGAUGCUAAUAGGUUUAUUUUGUUUCCUAAGGCAAAAAAGAAAAUAUGCACCUUUCCCAAAAUAACAAACUGUUCCUUUAAGCUACCGGUAGCCAUCUGUUAUACUUUUAAAAGUUCCACAAUUUGUUUUCAGUUUGUACCACUACUUGUGUUUCAAGAGCCAUGCUUUGUUGUUUAUAUUUUGGAUCAUAAAAAGUAUUUAGUUUAUCAUUUCAAUGAACAGUAGUAUACCUUUUAAAAUCUACAUUGAUGCUGCUUUAAGAUUAGAAACAAUAAAGAGGAUAUUAUAUAAAGUAGAGAAAACAAACAAAAGUUAGAAAUGUGUGAGAUCCACCUUCAAUGGACCUACAUUUACAUAGAGCCAUGUCAGACCAGACCAGAUCAGACUCAUGUCUGCUUGGCUUUAUAGUCUUGAGUGAGAGUAUGAAUACAGUAAAAUUCUUAGCAGCAUUUAAAUCCUUAAAAUGGAAGAAUUUUGGGAUAAUUUAAAUAGUGCCCAAAGCAGUUUCUAUGCUCAAAAUGUGACUGUAAGUGUUGGAAAGAUUGGCUCCCUGCAGGAUAUUUGGGACAGCUGGACCUAAUGCUGACAAGUACGAACUAUUAGCAAGGAAGCUUCCGGGUUUCUAACAGGGAGGAUACGUAACAUUAGCAGCUAGCCACCAUCUCCUCCUCAGCAACUCCAACCAGGUGGCACUGUCUUUGAUAUCUGUAACAUCCAGUGUGUCAUAGUGCUGACUCCUCUGUACAUAAUAGUGCCAUACAAGUGCCAAAGUGACACCAUAGAAGUGUUCUGUAACACCCCGCUGACAACUUUGUCUCAACAUGCUGGAGCUCCGAGCAGAUCCUCCAGCUGUAUGUAGCCUUUCUGUGAUAUCCCUCAACUUACAUUCACCAUAUCAUACAAAAGUGUCCCAAAAACAUGUUGCCUAUAAAAUAAUGUAUAUUGGUCUAGAAAAAAGUAUUAUUUAGGAUGUAAUAACUGUUAAUAUGUAGGACUUUUCUACUAGUGAAGGUAUUGUCUAAUUUAGAUUAAUCUCUUUCCAUCAGUGGCAAAGCUGGUAACUGUUUGUUGCUUUGGUCCAAAUGAAAACAAUACUUUGCUUGAAAUACAUGGCACCAAUGUUGAGCUACAGCCUGACAUUGUACAAUAGAUAAGGUUGACUGUAGAAAUCAGCCAAACUUCACCGAUAACAGUCCCGCAACUGUGCCUGGAUGUAAAGCUCUACCUUGAGACUUUCUGAUGGGAGCCCAUGUUGUGCCAUAUCAACCUGUGCACUGUAACAUUCAACACUAGCGAAGAAGAAGCCAACAUAUUCUAGAUCUGUCCAAUGAGCUGGCAAGUGUGACAGCACUUGCUUGAUGCUGUAUUCACCUGUGGCAACAGGACUGUUUCUUUUGGCACCUAAAUGUGCUUGAGAUGUUUUGCCUUGUGAUGAGAAAAUAACUUUAGAGCAGAAAUGUUUUUUACAUCCUAUUUUUCUCAUUCUUCUCUUUUGAUGGCCUUGCCUUGUGGUAACAGCAGGUUGACUUUUAUAGCAGAUCUUUAGUGACUUGAGUAUUGGCAUAUGAAGAGUUUACUGCCAAAAUAUGACACUUGUGGGAAAAAAAAAACAUUACUAGCUAAACUGUUUCGAGAGACAUUUUGCCAAUAUAAACAGAUUUCCUGUAAAUAAGGCCACAAUUAGUUUGAUCUUUCUGUUGCUAUUAAUCAUUUCUUACAAACAGUUUUUGUAAAUGAUGGAUGUUAUUUUGGAAGGAAACUCUUCAUAUGCAGAUAGAUAAUCCUUUGGUUUGGUUUUAGGCAGCAUGUUGCUUUUUAUUUGAGUGAAACCUCGUGCUAACAAUGUUAGUGAUGGUUUUAGAGUGGUGUGCUUACAUUGUGGGUGGUAUUCAAUGUGUGAGUUUCAAGGCUCUUUGCCGGGGACCUUUGAAAUUAAAAGGGCAUUGAAACAAGAAAAUAUCGCCUAUAUUUUCAAAGCAUCACUAAAGAUUUUUAGAUAUGCUCUGUUGCUUCUUUGGAUUUGUUUUCCUUUUUCCUUUAAAUGACAUGAAUUUAUAUUAAAAGCUUUAUGUUCUGUAUAUUUCUUGGAGAAGAUUACAUGAUUGUAUGUUUAUUGUAAAUACAUUAAAUAUACUAUUUUUGUUUUUAAACAUGA